AAAUCAAAACGGAACAAGUAACAGCGGAGAGAGAGAGGCCCCCGUGAACCGACAAGCCAACAACAUACAUGUUAAAAACCGCUAGUUCUGAAAAGAUUGUUCACGGUAAUUGCCAGCUCGACGGGAUCUGAGCCGAGCCGAAUCUGUACAACAGCCCAAGCCGCUAGCGCAAUGCUCGACACCCAAACGUCACGCGCCCACCCCCGGCGACCCCUCAACGGCUCGACUGUACCGUAUGACCCCCACCCCCCUUCCCCUACACUUACGGCUCAUGCGCCCGGCACUUCAUCGCCGACCGUAACCCCACUUUUCCCUCUUUUCUCCUUUAUUCCCUGACCCAACAAACCCCAGCCCCCAUCCGAGAAUAUCUUCCGCAACCACCACCAGAGCUCCGCGAUGGGCGACCUUACGGACACCCUAACGACGCCGCCCACCACCCACUCUCGCCCUUUGCCCGUACGCGAGGACUGCUGGAGCGAGGACGCCACAUCCACUCUGAUCGACGCCUGGGGCCGCCGUUACCUCGAGCUCAACCGAGGGAACCUCCGUCAGAAGGACUGGCAGGACGUGGCCGACGCCGUCAACGCCCUCCACGGCCACACCAAGAAAACGCACCGUACCGACGUCCAGUGCAAGAACCGCAUCGACACCAUCAAGAAGAAGUACAAGAUUGAGAAGGCCAGGGUUUCGUCGUCCGACGGAAACAUUGUCUCCUCUUGGACUUUCUUCGAACGUCUCGACACACUUAUCGGAUCCAACGUGUCCGCUAAGAAGCUGCCCCCUCAACCGUCUCCGUCCUUGUCUCCAUCUCCACCGGUGGCAGUUCCUAUUUAUUACAAGAAAACGACGCCGUCGCCUUCUACUACGAUCGUGGCGUUGCCGCAGAAGAGACCGGCUCCAGCUAUGGACGAGGGGUUUUCCAGGAGGAACUACUCGGCGAUGGCGGCUGCGGCCGCUGCUUCGGCGGAGGAUGACGUGGAGGAUGAGGAUGAGGAGGAGGAGGAGGAAAGAGAGAGCGAGGAGGUGGAGGAGAGAGAGGGGAUGAGGAGGUUGGCGAGGGCGAUAGAGAGGUUUGGAGAGGUGUACGAGAGGGUGGAGAGGGAGAAGGUGAGGCAGAUGGUGGAGUUGGAGAAGCAGAGGAUGCAGUUCGCUAAGGAUUUGGAGGUGCAGAGGAUGAAUAUGUUCAUGGACACGCAGGUUCAGCUCGAGAGGAUCAAGCAUGGCAAGCGUUCCAGAUCCAACGAUAUGUAUAGCUAGCCAUGGGAGAGACAGCUUUGCCUGGGAAGCAUGUGUAACAUCUCUCGAUUUGACAAUUGUUGCAACGAAAGUACAUAUUGUUCCAGCAAAUACUGGCAUCGAGGUUAAUGUUAGAGCUAUCUCAAGUCCUCUUUAUCUGAGUCAACCUCUUCAUUUUCUUUUUGCCCGCUCCUAAUUAUAACUCAGUCGGCCUAAGUAUGUCCCAUUAAUGUAUUUGACAUUUUGACUCUCUGUAAUACCCUCUUGAUUUGAAAACUACUGCAAUUUUUAGCUUGA